CUUCUACUGCCAGGGGGCGCUGCGGUCCGCGCUACCUGCCGGACAUGCGCACUCAGGGAGAAGGCAUGCCGAGAAGAGGCGGAGCUUGCGGAGCAAGAUGGCGACGUCCGUGGUACUGGGCCGGUUUUCCCGGCUGCUGGCCUCCGCACGGCUCCCGAACUGCACUUCAACACGGUCAAAGUUCUAUGUCAAGGAGCCGGUGCAUGCUAAACCUAACUGGCUGAAGGUUGGGCUCUCCUUGGUCACCUCUGGUUUCCUGUGGGCUUAUCUCAUCAAUCAACAUAAUGAAGAUGUUUUGGAAUAUAAAAGAAGAAAUGGAUUGGAAUAAACUUUGGAAA